CUGCUGGAGAAUGUUGAUAUGUCUAGGUAGACUCGUCGUGAAUGUAUGUUGACAGUAACUGCCUCGAUUCUGACCAAUCACAGUGUCUAAUUUCCCGGAAUAGAUUACAUAAGCCGACGGAAAUUCCGUGAUUUCUCAUCAAAAAAUCUCCAAGGGUUACUGAGAAGCUACAUUCACGGCAGAGGAAACUCGUCCGGUGACAAGUCGUCGCGAUGGCUUCUGAACCAGUCGCAUCGGGGCCCGGCGAGGCCAACUCGGAGAAUCCCGCAAUGACAACCCCAGACUCUAAGAUCGAUCAUGCCGCUUCCAUCCGAUACUGGAAUAGCGUUGCUGCCAACUCCAAUACCAUGCUGGGCAUGCUGGGGAGUUACCCAUGGUAUACACGCAUUGAUCUACGCGGUUCGAAAAGCUUUCUUUCUAAGGUCCGACGAUUGGUGCCCGGUUGCACCACCGAAGGGAAAUUGAAGCUGGGAGCUGACUGCGGUGCGGGGGUGGGGCGCGUAACGGAGGGGUUCCUCAAGGACGUAUGCGAAACCGUGGAUGCAGUCGAGCCGGUCGAGAAAUUCACCCAGGUUAUACGUGACAGCGCUCUGAAGCGCGCUGGUGUUGUGGGCGAUAUUUAUACCGUCGGGUUGGAGGGGUGGUAUCCGGAGAAGAAAUAUGACCUGAUUUGGACUCAAUUCUGCGUGGGACAUUUAACGGAUGCCCAGUUGGUUGAAUACUUUGUGCGGUGUCGCGAAUCUCUGAGAGAGACGGGAAUUGUGGUAGUCAAGGAGAAUCAAUCGACUGAUCCCAAUGGAAACGACAUGUAUGAUGACGAGGAUAGUAGCGUGACAAGGACGGAUGAGAAGUUCAAAGAGAUCUUCAAGCAGGCCGGGUUGAUUGUUGUCACGUCUGAAUUGCAGCUCGGGUUCCCGAAGAACUUCAAGCUGCUUCCUGUGAGGUUCUAUGCUCUGCGGCCGAAGAGUUGAACUCACUUUCCAGCAUUGUGAUGGGCCUCUUAAACCCAGGAGUUAGAUAUCGGAGUCUCUGGAUAUUGCCAACGGUUUUGCAAAGCGGGCGAAACAGUGCGAUGUCUGGUAUCCUUAGUUCUUUGCUUGGUAUCCCUAUUUGCUAAUGCCAAGCUCAUGCGCAUGGGCAAUCCGCCGCGUACUGAUGCCCUACGGAACCAUGCGCCGCUUUGGACCCGGCUGAUAUUCGAUGUGAC